AUGGGCCCCGACUUCAAAUUUUAUAAGCGUCGCCCUACAUGUGACUCGACAAAGAAAGUGCUGGAUACCAAGGAUAACACGGACGGACAAACGGUGGACAGCGGAAAGUCGGCGCUGGGCGCCAACAUGUACACGUACCUCAAGUUCGGGCUGCCGCGCGUGUUCCCGCCCAGCCGCGGGCCUCGCGACGGCUCCUCGGGCUACGACUCCAGUGACGACGGCUCCCCGUACCUGCGGCGCGCCGGGGCGCACCUGCGCACGCGCAGCGACCCCGACUUCCGCAGCAGCCACCCGCCCAUCCACCUGCACUACCGCGCGCACCCGGGGCACGGCGCGCGGCCGGGGCCUCCGCCGGGCGGGGGGCCCGGGGGCGCGCCCCCCGAGGGCUGGCAGCGCGGCCGCUCCAUCAGCGAGGCCAACCUGCUCUCCCAGGAGGCGCACCUGCGCCACCUCGAGCACCGGCGCAGCGUCCACGACCUGCGCUCGCCCGCCGCCCUCGCCGCCCACUACCGCGACGAGUACCAGGGGGUGACAAAUCCAAGGAGACGUAUUUCUAAGGCUGGUUCACAUGCUUCAUUGGCUCACAGUCGGCGAAGUGCUGUGCCUCACAGAGAAGAUGCCUCUGCAAUGGGUUCCCAUUUGGGUCCUGUCUCAGAAGUUAGUGGACCUACUAGUGUUCCUCCUGGAGUACCUACAGUGCCAACAGGGCCACGAAUGCCCUACUACACUCAUCUACCUGACCCUGGAGAUGCUGCUGGUGUUUUUAAAUACCCUCACAUUCAGGUGCGAGGGUUAGAAGUGGAAUCUAGUUCAAACAGUAAGCUUUUACUAUUGGCUGGAAUAUCCUUUGAAGCACAUGGUGGAGAAAUAAUGGCAGUGAUGGCUACUUCUGAGGAAGAAGGUACAACACUACUGGAUGUUCUCGCUGGCCGAUCUACUCGUGGAAAAAUUCGAGGAGAUGUUCUCCUCAACGGACAGUCAGUCCGUUCUCAACAGUUACGUGAUCGUGUAGCAUAUGUACAAAGUGACAGUCACCUUUCACCUGAUCUUACAGUUCGGCAAACAUUAAGUUUUCACCAUCACCUUCGGAGAUCUCCAACUCAAGCUGGAAAAUUGGACACCAAGAACAGGAUUAAUGCAUUAGUGGAGGAUUUGGGUCUUGACCAAGUACGUCACACAAAAGUUGGAAGUCUUACCACCUCUGAAAGACGUCGUUUAAAUGUCGCCUGUCACUUACUUCUUGACACAGACAUUGUAGUGCUUGAUCAGCCUACCCAUGGAAUGGAUAUAUUUGAUACUUUCUUUCUUGUUGAAUUUCUUCGCCAGUGGGCUGGUGGAAAUACAGUGACUGGCAUGACAAUACCUGGUGUGUCAGGUGGGCGCAUUGUAAUCUUGACUCUUCAUCCUCCCACAUAUGAAAUCUUUACAAUGCUAUCCCGAGUUGCACUAAUUUCUGCCGGCCGACUCAUGUUCAGUGGUCGACGAAGAGAUAUGUUGCCCUACUUUGCAUUAGUUGAAUAUCCUUGUCCUGCAUACAAAAAUCCAUCUGACUAUUAUUUGGAUCUAGUGACGCUGGAUGAUCUAUCUGCUGAAGCUAUGUUAGAAUCAAGUCAGCGUAUAGAACAGUUGGCUGAAGUUUUCCAAAGGCGUCAAGAACCACUUUCUGACCCAGGUCCACCUAUUGCUUUACCUGCAAAAAUACGACAAGCAAAUAUUUUAACACAAGUGUUCAUGUUGAUUAUGCGAGCCCUGACUUACACACAACCAUUGAGUCUUGUUUGCUGGCUUACCAGGGCAUUGUUAGCAGCUGCAAUGUCAGUAAUUGUCGGAACAAUAUUUUGGUCAGUGCCUACCACUGAUCCAUAUUUUGUUCAAAAUGACAGGAUAGGAUUUCACGCAACUAUGGCAUUUUUAGCACCUUGGCCAACUCUCCUUUUGCUUUCACUUGGUGAAGUACAUCAUGAACGCUGGGCUGUGCAUAGAGAUGUACGAGAUCGUUUGUACAGUCGCUUUUUGUACAUAAUAACCAAGAUUACUUACAAUUUGCCUGCAUCUGCUGGUGUUUGGUUGGCAUAUUUGGUACCUGCUUACCUUAUGUCAGGUCUUCACAUUCAAGGAGAAGAUUAUAAUGCCUUUUCUGUUUAUGUUGGUCUCAUGUUGUUGUAUCUUCUGAGUAUGCAGAUGAUGCUUACUGCAUUUGGUCAUCUUCUUCGUUCUUAUAAUUUGGCUGCUAUAUUAGCAGGUCUAUUAUUCACAGCAUUAGCCCUGGUGUCAGGUUUCACUGUUCACCAAGCUGAUCUGGGUUUCUGGUGCCAAUGGUUAGAUAUUGCAUCUCCUGCACAUUGGAUUCUUCCUGUCCUUGUUACUCGUGAAUACAGGAAAGAUGCCAUUCCUACAAAUUUUGCCACUUUAGCAUGUCGUAAGAAACAGGUGCAGCAUCAAGACAUAAUUGUUCAGUUACCAUGUCUGCCACCAAACACCACAGCUGCUCAGGAGUUUCUGGGUCUCUUAACAGAUCCCCACUUGCCACCAUACAUGCCACCUCUUGCUGCUUUUGUCUUCUGGUUCAUUUGCUUCCUCGUAACAAUGGGAGCCUUCCUAGUCUGCCGUUAUCAACCACGCCCAUCACGUAAUAAUCCCAACAAGCCAUGAAAAUCACAGAUAGUGAUGUAGAUUCAGAAAUUAUAAAAUAUGAAAAGAAGACACAAAAAGCCCUGAAUCAGAAUUGUGAAUUUAAGUUGGAAUUUGGAUGAAACAUAAAAAAGGCUUGAACCAAUGUAUUUUGUUCAGAAGAUUACUUUAAUGAGAGACAAUUACUUUAAGAGUUUUACAAACACAAGAAUUUGAUUUCACUUAGUUAAAAGUGAGUACUUUAUUAUUUUUUCUUUCAGUUUUUCCAAGACUAAUUAUUCUAUAAUGCCACUGUGAUGAAUAGAGUGCCUAUAACUUGUCGUUAAGAACAAUAACAUUUGAUAAUAAAAUGAAUAUGUCUGGAAAACCUGGUUGCAGAUUCGUAACUUAUAUAGAAUAAGAUAAUUUUUAAAUAUAAUUGUGUUUAAAACUAUUUUUAUUGGAAUGUAUUUAGAUACCAAUUAUUUGCUCUAAAUUAUAUUCAUGAUUUCUUUGUAAAUAAUUGUAUUUUCUUCUAUAAAACAAUUACAACUACAAACUAUUUUAUUAAGUGUCAUUACAUAAAAUUGACAUGAAAUAAUGAUAUAAAAUGUAAUUCUUAUAUACUUUAAGAAAUCUUUGUCUUCUAAUGUAUUAAUUUUAUGAAAACCAGUAUAAUUAUUCCAUAUGUAAUUUAAGUUUUAUGUUAAGAUUGGGCCAAAGUUGACAAACAUGUGGAUAUUGUUACUUUUUACCUGUAACAAUGUGCUAUAUAGUGUGUGAAUAGUUUGGAUACUAUUGUUCACUUUUCAGUAUGAAUUGUUAUUGAAAUAUGAUUUCCUGUAACAUAAAUAUUUUAUAUGCUAAUGAUUGUAUAGUACCAGAGUGUAAAAUAUUAAAAGAAAAU